CAGAAGUCUGUCUGGGCCGCCUAUCUGUGUACAAUUCGGUACAUGUACAUCCACGAAGACUAGCUACCGCUGUAGUAUCUGCAAUGAACGCCCUCUUCAACUCAGCGUUGCGGCAAUCGACGUCGAUACGGAAAGACCUGGACCAGUUUGCUGACGCCGCAUCGCCCUCGCCACAUCUACAAGCCCAGCUCAACGCUUCCCUUACCUCGUUCGCGCGUACUAUUGACGACUAUGGCAAGCUCGCGAAGCAGGAGCCUGUCCAGACAAAGGCUGAAAAGGCACAAGAGAGACUGAAGAACUUCCGGGCUGAGCUUGAAGAGUACCGGACGAGCUUCAAGCGGAUCAAGAGCGCGAAUGAGGACAUUCAAACCACAGAAGCCCGUACAGAACUCUUGGGUCGCCGUCCACACAACACAGCCACGCCCGAAAACCCGUACGCACAACACAAUCUGACCGCAGCUGCUGCACAACAUUCAGCCUUCGCCCCUUCACAGCCAUACAACCCCAACGCUCCCUACCGACCCAAUCCCUACUCGGCCGGCGCACCGCAAGGAGGGGACUACGACCGCGAAGGGCACGUGCUGAGAGAGAACACCUUUUUCAACAAGACUUCGGAACAGCUCGAUGAGUUCUUGGACAGAGGAAGGGCUGUCUUGGGCGAUCUCGGCCAGCAAAGAGAUAUGUUAAAAGGCACCCAAAAGAGGCUGUACACUGUUGCGAACACACUCGGUAUUAGUGGAGAUACGAUACGCAUGGUGGAGAGGAGAGCGAAGCAAGACAAGUGGAUUUUCUGGGCUGGUGUGGUCAUCUUCUUCUUGUUCUGCUGGCUAGUUAUACAUUUCCUUCGCUGA